AUGGCCACUCACUGGAACACCGACGAUCAGACGCUACUCAACAUUUUGUUAAUGACUGAACCAAUAAUGGAAAACACCUUACAGCCACAAAACACACCGAUCGUUAUGAUAUCGUUAUCGUGUGAGACACCGCGAGGUCGUAAAGCGAGCGUAUCACCAACAACUCGAGACAUUAUCAUUAUCAAAGGAGAAACAAAAAGCCGUGACUUUUGCGUCCAAGAAUCAAGGAACGUAUCACACGUUCAGCGACAAUACGCGCUAUUGACCACUGAGCAGGAACAUUUGAACAAGGAAGCGACGAGGCUGAGAUGGCUGCUGAACUAUCGAUAUCAGUUUGCUACCAACGUGGUGGCGCUGGCCCAGAAAGCGGCAUUUAUUUCCUUGGACGACUCGGACAAUUCAGACGCCACGUCGACGUUGUCCACCAUUUCGGUCGGUGUAGCCUCGCCGUCCUUAUCUUCCAUGUCUUUUGACACGAGCACGCUACUGACGAUACUUGCAAAUGACUGCAAUUUAUCGCCGCUGAGUGCAACGCAGGAGAUCAAGACGCCAUUCUAUAGCAAACCAAGUCCGUCAUUGGUGGGUUCAACUGUCACUAGCAAGACUAUAUUGGCUGUGUUGAUGCAAAAAGAGCUGCGAUACAAGAUGCUAAGCUUCAGCGAGGCGAUAGUGCUCGUGGACGAGACCUACCGCUCCAUUGUUUCGUUCUCGUUGAGUGGCAAAGCUAUCAGUACUGGAGCCAGUAUCAUGGGAUGGGAGGACAAGCGGCUGAUGGAAGGGACGAGCCUCAAGUUUUCGCUGCGGAAACAGUUCCCUCGACAGAACGCUUUGAAAUUGAUGACAAGCACGUGGCAGUGCUUUUCGGAUCCGGAGUGCACAGAGACCAAGUUUCGCGGUCUCAUGACUCUCCACAUCCUACAGCGCGUAAAUGAUGACACGAUUGUGGCGUUGCGUGAGUUUGAGAGCGAAGAUGGCUCGAAACUGUACCGAUGCGUGUAUUUGUUGUUUCGUGUACGUACUCGAAACGGCUUUCUCAUCUGCGUGCAGUUGGUGGAGGCCGGACGUCUCACUGAUCCUUUGCGGAGUUGUGUCAGCCGAGAUGGCAAGCUUGUACAGUGGACAGAGCUGUCAGGUUGGUUCGUAUUUGAGCCUACUGCUGAUGGAAAAACUUAUGAUUUGUUGUACAAGGAAGGCGCACAGAUAGAGUGCGGUGGGUGUAUGGAUUAUGGCGACCACGAGUUGGUUGCAACGCUUUCAAUGAACACGCUGUCGGCUGUAUUCAAGUGGGAAAGUAUGAUGGUUGGCCCAAUCUUCACCCUGCCGUCAUCAUCAUGUUGA